AAAGAGCCAGUGAGUCGCGAGCGAGACUGAUAUUGACAAACGAGUGAAAGGAAUCAUGAGAUGUUGUGCGUGACAAACAUUAGAACUCAGAUACGCUAUAUGGAUAAUAUCGACUACUGGUCAAAGAGAUUUUGCUGAAAGUCACAUUACAGCGGAAAAAUCUUGAAAAGGAAUGCCUGCACCAACCAACCCCUGACUGAAUAUUGUCAACCGAGGGAACGAGUGAGAUAAAAGAGGAAGAUGGGGGAGACUGAGGACGAGCGUACAUCUCAGGCUGGCCAGCUGUUUGAGAACUUUGUGCAGGCCACUACCUGUAAAGGCACCCUGCAGGCCUUCAGUAUCCUCUGCAGGCAGCUGGAGCUGAACCUCUCGGACCACAGGGACUUCUACAGCAGCCUGAAAGCUGCCGUCACCUACUGGAAGGCCAAAGGCCUCUGGGGGAAACUGGACAAGAGAGCCAGCCACAAGGAGUACAAUAAGGGCAAAGCCUGCGUGGACACCAAAUGUCUCAUCAUUGGUGGCGGUCCCUGUGGCUUUCGGACCGCCAUAGAGCUGGCUUUGCUUGGCGCCAAGGUCGUGGUGAUUGAAAAGAGGGACACCUUUUCCAGGAACAAUGUCCUUCACCUUUGGCCUUACACCAUCCAUGACCUCAGGAACCUGGGAGCCAAAAAGUUUUAUGGAAAGUUCUGUGCUGGGUCUAUAGACCACAUCAGUAUUCGUCAGCUGCAACUCAUGCUGUUAAAGAUUGCUCUCAUUGUUGGGGUUGAGGUGCACAUCAGCGUGGAGUUUAUCAAGCUUCUCGAGCCACCUGAGGGCCAAGGCACUGAUGGUGUCUGCCUUCUAGGGCCUGGAUGGAGGGCAGAGGUCCGGCCAGCCGAUCACCCCAUCUCAGGCUAUGACUUUGAUGUGAUAAUUGGAGCAGAUGGAAGGAGAAGCACUCUUGAUGGCUUCAAGAGAAAGGAGUUCAGAGGGAAACUAGCUAUCGCUAUCACUGCGAACUUUGUCAAUCGCAACACGACAGCGGAGGCCAAAGUGGAGGAGAUCAGCGGAGUGGCCUUCAUCUUCAAUCAGAAGUUCUUCUUGGAGCUCAGGGAGGAGACAGGCAUUGAUCUGGAAAACAUUGUCUAUUACAAGGACAACACGCACUACUUUGUCAUGACUGCAAAGAAACAAAGCUUGCUGGACAAGGGUGUGAUCAUCAAUGACUAUAUUGAGACCGAGAGGCUGUUGGCGAGCGACAACGUAAACCAAGAAGCUUUGCUCUCAUACGCCCGGGAGGCUGCAGAUUUUGCCACAAACUACCAGCUUCCCUCUUUGGAUUAUGCCAUCAACCACUACAGCCAGCCAGAUGUAGCUAUGUUUGACUUCACCUGCAUGUACGCCUCAGAGAACGCUGCGCUUGUGAGGGAAAAGAACGGCCGUCAGAUGCUGGUGGCGCUGGUUGGAGAUAGUCUUCUAGAGCCUUUCUGGCCCAUGGGGACAGGAUGUGCUCGAGGGUUUCUGGCCGCCUUUGACACAGCAUGGAUGAUAAAGGGGUGGGCUCAGGGCAAAGAACCCCUUGAUCUUCUGUCAGAGAGGGAGAGCAUCUACAGGCUGCUGCCUCAGACGACCGCAGAAAACAUCUCCAAAAACCUUGAGCAGUACACCAUAGACCCAGCCACACGCUACCCCAACCUCAACUCCACCUGCGUACGACCACAUCAGGUGCGGCAUCUGUACAUUAACGGCGAGCAGACCUUGAGUUUUCAGGAGCGCAGUGGACCCACACGCACAUCCGUAAACAUCUCCACAAGAGAGUCAGAGGUGCGUCCCGGCCGGCUGCUGCAGUGGUGUCAGAAGCAGACUCAGGGCUACAGGGGAGUGGAUGUGUCUGACCUUACAACCUCCUGGAGGAGCGGCCUGGCUCUGUGCGCCCUCAUUCACCGUCAGCGGCCUGACCUCAUUGAUUUUGACUCCCUGAACGAGGCUGAUUGCGCUAAAAACAACCAGUUGGCAUUUGACGUGGCAGAGAGGGAGUUUGGAAUCCAGCCAGUCACCACAGGAAAGGAAAUGAAUGCGGAACAGGGGCCAGACAAGCUCAUUAUGGUGCUCUACCUCUCCAAAUUUCACGAGAUGUUCCGCAACUCUCCUCAAUCCAUCACAGGUGUGCCCAAAGAAACUGGUGCAAAUAAUGAAGACUAUUCAUCAAAGACCACAAACUCUCUUUACAACUCGAUAAAUCAAGCACUGCCUCGGAAGAGAAUCCCAAAGGUUGAUAAAAUGCUGGAAGACUAUGACAACAAAAAGAGGAAGAAGGCCAGGAGUCAUCUGGAGGAGCUAAUGCCCAAUCAGAGUGCUCCCCCUGUAGGUGAGAAAGAGGAACAGAAGGAAAAUAAGGUGCGCUCCAUGGCGACUCAACUGCUGGCCAGGUUUGAGGAGAAUGCACCAAGCUGUGGAGUGCGCAAACAGUCUGAAUCGGAGACUGACAAACCCGUAACUCUGGACAUGACAGAAAACCCACGUUUUGCCAAACCUAAGAGCCAGCCCGCACCCCUUCCUCCCCCACCUCCCAAACCAAAACGGCAGCCUUCUACAUAUCUUAGACUGCUGGAAUCUCACACGAGGAAUGAGACCCAUCAUUCUGACCACCGUUUACAAAUCCUGUCCAGUCACGGCCACAAAGAAAUCCAGUCCAACCACAAAAACACUGGCAUUCACCAUAGUCCCCAGCUAACUGAAAUUCCCUCAAGUUAUCAAAGCAGUGAGUCCCGUCCCAGAUCUCCUCAUAUUCCCUUCAAAGUGCUUCAGUUGGAUUCACUGACGGCAGACCCCUCAGAUUCAGUCCCAUCCUUCACACCAGCCCUGAGCGCCAUGUUUCAGUGCCAACCGAAGCUGGAAGAGGAAGUCAGUCAGGCAGAUAAAGGCUCUUCUGCUGUUUCUUCUAAAGCUUUCUCAGUUCACGCUAUCCCAGAAUGCUCUACUCUCUCCUGUCAUCUGUCUCCUAUUCCUUCAGUCCAGUACAAGCAGUGCAGUGAAGAUUCAGAAACACAGCUGAACCAUGUUAAGCACACAGAUCACUCUGAAAUCAGACGUGUAGAGUGCCUUGACGCCUCCAGACAGAGAACUGUGGGAAAGGUUUCCUCUGCUAUUGGUGUUAAAGCAGCUACACUGGCCAUCUUAUAUGAGACCGAUCACAGACCUAACAACCCUUUUACCCUCUCGCUGACCAGCAUGCGGAAGGAGUUUCCUCAGGGUCUGGGCGGCAGUGACAUCUGUCACUUCUGUGAGAAGCGCGUGUACAUCAUGGAGCGGCUCAGUGCGGAGGGAUGCUUCUUCCACAGAGAGUGUUUCCGCUGUAACAUCUGUGGUUGCACAUUGCGUCUGGGUGGUCAUGCUUUCGACUCCAACCAAGGCGCUUUUUACUGCAAGCUGCACUUUUCUCAGCACAAAAUCAGCAGUAGGCAUCGAAGAGGAAAGAUCAAUGGAGUUGGCAGACCCUCGUCCAGCGCUAGUUCUGAUUACACGGCCACAGACGGCCUCCGCGGCCUGUCCUCAGGAGCCGAAUCAGACUCCGUUCUCAGAACUCAGGAUGACCCGAAGGGUUUGUCGAACCCCAGCGCUCCGGCUGAGGGUGCAGAGGUGCAGGACCUCUCAGACGCCACGGAGGUCAUAAACGUGAGUGAAGUCAAAGAUUCAUCUAAAAAGCCCGAUCCUGCAGAUUCUGCACCUGCGUGUCCCGAUUCUCCACUGCAGAAAGUGAAACGCUCUACAUCCAAAGGGGAGAUUACCAACAAAAACAACCUCUGGAGGAAGAAAAUCCGAUACACUCUGCCCCUCAUCCUGAUGAAGAAAUUUCACCGUGGAAAACCAGACGAUAGAACUGAAGUCCUCGCAGAGGAAGACGGAGACUCGGACUUUGAGGAGAUCCAUGAAUCUAUCUUCUCAACAAAGGCUGCAACAUCCACCACAGAGUCUGACUGCCCCCUAAUGGAGGACAAGAGGUCGACACCCAUGCAAGAGUUCCCCAAAAUCCCUCUUUAUCGCACACGUUUCCUUCCUGAAUCCCCAAAACCCAGCACUUCCUCUCCAGAUCCAGUCGUCAUGGCCGUUCCCUCAGAAGCGAAUUCCCUCAGCCCCAAGAAGAAGCUUGUGCUGUCUUUAUCUGAAAAGGAGAGGCUGCUCGACUGGGACUUGGUCGCUCCUGAAAAGCCCUCAAAUUCUGAGGGAGAACAAAUUGACAGAACCUCAGCGAAUCCUUCAAAUGAUCAACCAGAACCAGCAGCUCCACCAAAACCAAGCCAUCCCCAACCUGAACCCACUCCUCCACUCUUUGGCUUCCAACAGUGGGCCAGCAGUCUCCGGAAGUCCUUAUCCUCCAGAAAAGGGAACAACCCUGUGGUCCUCAGGGGAAACCGACCUUUGAAAGCCAGGCCGUUGUCUGAGGGGUCCUUCAACCUCAGCGGCUUGUUUAGCAGCAGCAUUCGGAGGAACCAGGAUGGGGAACAUGGCAACACGUUUCCCGAUGGCAGUCAAUCCAGAGUGAAGACAGGAAGUGAGCUCACCACGUUACUGGAGCAGGUGGCUCUCGGCUCCAAAACCCACAAGGGCACAAAAGAUGAUAUGGCCUCCUUACCACCCAGAAAACUCAAUUUCUUCUCCUCUCUGCGCAUUAAGAGGAACGAAGGAGCAGAUCAGACCAAAGGAGACAACCAGAAGGACAUCUUGACCAUUCUUUCCAGGUUCAGAAGCAAAGCUUCUGCUCAGCAACAACAACAAGAGUCCAACUCAUCUAGUGAAGAGGAACAGAAUUCAGACUCACAAAGGACCUUCGGUGACAUCUCACUGAAGAAAAAAGAGAAAAGAGCCAUCCAACAAACCAAGAGAGAUCAGCUGAAAAUACUUCACAGGGCUCAGGUAAUCCAGAGACAGCUGGAGGAAGUUGAAGAGAAGCAGAGAGCUCUGGAGGAGAAAGGUGUAGCUCUGGAGAAGAUGCUCAGAGGAGAAACUGGCGAUGAUUCUACAGAUGAGACCACGCUACUGCAAACCUGGUUCAGUCUGGUCCUGGAGAAGAACAAACUGUUGCGAUACGAGUCUGAACUCAUGAUCUUUGCUCAAGAACUGGAGUUGGAGGACACUCAAAGCAGGCUACAGCAAGACCUUAGACGGCGAAUGGCCACUGAAGACUGUGAGAAGAGUGCGAGUGAGCUGACGGAGGAGCAGAGCCUGCUGGUGGAGAUCAUGAAGGUGGUGGAGAAAAGAGACAAACUGGUGAGUCUGCUGGAAGAGCAGCGGCUGAAGGAGAAAGCGGAGGACAGAGAUCUGGAGAGCAUGAUCCUCUCCAGAGGCUAUCAGUUCCACUGGACCUGAACUUCUCACGCUGGAUGAAGAUCUGCUGGACUGACCUACAAGAAGAGAUACUUUAGACUGAGAAACCCUUAUUUGAAGAUCAGCUUUUCGAUCUUGAACAAACUGUAACACGCUUGUUUAAUCAAACCCGACUGAAUGCUGCCUGGUGUGUUCUUGAAAAGAAAUAAACCAAAAACCAAACACGUGCCUCUUUAAUAACAGAAAAUGAUGAAUGUUAGAUUUCAAAACACGGGUUGCACAGCCACAGAGUUGAGAGGAUGGACUGCAAAUGUUAUUCACACUGGUUCAAUGGUAUUUAUAUAGUUAAAGCUAUUUUUUGUGGACUUGUUUGAUUUAUUUUCCUGUUUUGUUAAAAUGUUCUUAAUAAAUGUUUGCUCCGUUCUUUAGUAGAUGUUCCAAUAGAGGCCAAAGUUUAAUGGCAGUGAUAAAGCAUGUCUGUUGAGUGUUUGUCUUUUAGGCUUGCAAUGAACAGGAUAUCUUAUGUGACCUAAAGUUGCAGCGAUUUCUAAAGUAAAACCAAAUAUAAUUGUUUCAAGAA